CACAGGCAGCUCCACCGAGGCGGAGCAGAAAUGGAGAUGCAGUCGUAUUACGCCAAGCUCUUGGGGGAGCUGAACGAGCAACGCAAGAGGGACUUUUUCUGUGACUGCAGCAUCAUCGUGGAAGGGAGGACCUUCAAAGCCCACAGGAAUAUUUUGUUCGCCAACAGCGGCUACUUCCGGGCCCUGCUGAUUCACUACAUUCAAGACAGCGGGCGGCACAGCACCGCCUCUCUGGACAUCGUGACCUCGGAGGCCUUCUCCACCAUCUUGGAUUUCCUCUACUCUGGGAAGCUGGAUCUGUGCGGGGAGAACGUGAUCGAGGUGAUGUCCGCAGCGAGCUACCUGCAGAUGACCGACGUGGUCAACUUCUGCAAGACGUACAUCAGGUCGUCGCUGGAUAUCUGCCGGAAGAUAGAGAAAGAAGCGGCCGCGGCCGCCGCCAUGGCCGCCGCCUCGUCUCACCAGUCCGACGGCGAGAGCUCCGCUUUGGUCAGGGACGGUCCCUUCUCUGGCCCCAAGGGCCUUUGUCCCGUUUCCAUCUCCCCGUCCCCGGACGGGGAGGAGAUUUCCGACCGUCAGAGGGAUCCUCCGUGUGCCGACUAUGCCGGCGGCGGUCGGCCCCCGGACCCGGUGGCCGGAGACCCCCUCGGCUGCGGUCCCGCCGGCGCCCUCCCCGCUCCGUCCAUAGGGGUGGAACCCAAAGUCGAAUUGGACUCGGAAGGGGAAGGGGAGGGUGGGGAGCGGCUCCAGCUGCCGUACCCCGCCCCGCUGUCCCUGGAGCAGGUGGUGGAGGAGGGACUCCCCUCUGGCCAGGCGGUGGACGUGGCCUGCAAUAACUAUCACAUGAAACAGUUUCUGGAGGCCCUGCUGCGCCACGGGGCUGCCCCGAGGAAAGACGACGUGGCCCACCAGCUUUCCCGGGGCCCGGAGGACCCGGGGGUGGCCGUGAGCUCGGUGAUGGACGUCCAAACGGAUUGGUACGGAGAGGACGCAGGUGACGUGCUGGUGGUGCCCAUCAAGCUGCACAAGUGCCCGUUCUGUCCGUACACGGCCAAACAGAAGGGAAUCCUCAAACGGCACAUCCGCUCUCACACUGGGGAGAGGCCGUAUCCCUGUGAAACGUGCGGCAAGAGGUUCACACGCCAGGAGCACCUGCGGAGUCACGCCCUGAGCGUCCACCGCUCCAACCGGCCAAUCAUCUGCAAGGGCUGCCGCAGGACCUUCACCAGCAGCCUGUCGCCGGGCCUGCGGCGAUUCGGCUUGUGCGACAGCUGCACGUGCGUGACGACCACCCACGACGACUCGGCGCCCGUCAACCUCAGCCAGAUGGAAACCUCCUCAGAGAGUCAGGAGAAGGGCGACCCGGAUGGCGACUGGCCCAUCUACGUGGAGUCCGGGGAGGAGAACGACCCCGCCGCAGACGAUUCCGACGACAAACACCGCGGCCUCCGGGGCCUGUCGGACCGAGAUGCGCUCAUGUAGCGACCAGUUGGGGAGGGGACCGGGAAUAUUUCCGGUCUUCACAGGUCCGCUCCGGUUCGGAGCCACGCGUCGACCCAGUCGAAUGGGACCCUAAGAGACGGGGUUUUUAAAAUGGUUACAGAGCCCCGUUUAAGAUGGAGCCUACGUGGUAGGGGUUGGAUUUUUUCGGAUUCCCAAGUGGUUUUUAAUUCUUCCGUGAUGUGCACUAAAUUCCAGGGAGUUUAUACAGUGUGAACUGAGGCCAGCGUCCAGGGCUUCUUCUUUCCCGCUGUCAGCGCGAACCCUCAUUAUGAGGGGAAAACCUCCCAGCUUGUUCUCAGACCGUGACUCUUCCUGCUUCACUGCCACAGCCUCUAAUGUCAGAGAGAGACCACCUCCUUUCUCAUCACAGGGGGCAAGAGUAAAUUUCCGUCGCAGACUCAUCUGGGCCCUGCUAAUCCCGUUUCACCUUCUCAAUCUCAAAUUUCACUAGGGUGACAGUUUGGGGCAAACUGAUCUACAAGUUGGCAAAAAUCUGGAAGGAAAAUUUUAAAAAAUUGGACAGUUAGGCCUAUUUCAACAAGCAAGAGCUAUUGCUUACGGGCUCCACCUUAAGGCUAGCUCCUAGAAGGGGGCAAUGGAGUCUUUCAGUUUAUUUUAUGUGAGGCUGCCCUUCAGGCUUCAACUGGACCCGUUUCAGGCAUUGUGAUCUUGAAGCUUCUUGCGAUUUCUAAAUCACAUCGGAGUUAUCAAAAUGAGGCCGAGGGGGACCUGAUCGGCCCAGCUUCUCAAAGCUGCUCUCCCUGGUAGCUUAGCAAGCUGAAAGGGGGACUUCUUCAGAAAGCAUCUUUACGAUAGGCUAAGAAGAGAACUUGGGUAAGCCUCCAUAAGCAAGUUUUGUGUUCAAAAUCACCUCUAAACUCUCUUAAAAAGCUGGAGGAAAAUUGGGAUGAACUUCACUGGUCCCUCCCCUCCAUCUUGGAUUCUGUCCAUUAUUGUUAUGAAGGCAACUCAGUUCUGCUCCUAGAGGAAUCUUGGGCAGAAAAGCCCUGUCUCACUAUAUUUUGACAUCCUCUCUUACAUCUUAAUUCAAAACACCCAAGGCUCUUGCUUUUUUCUUUUUCUUUUUUUUACAGAAUUAGGGUUUUGGAAUAGGUUUCAAAUCGGUUUUGGAAAGUGAAGCUUAUUUUCUGCCCCUUCGAUCCAAAACAAAAGUGUAAGUUUUCUGGAGUUAGCCAGAGACCAUAAAGUUUCUGGGUAGAAAUAAAGCCAUCGAGGACUUACUGCACAGUGAGAAACACACCAACCUUUGACAACGGAAGAAAUUUGCAACUAAAAACAACCACAGCCAAGAAAUCCUUUUUCCCCCACACCCCUCUGCAAAACACAGACUUACCAACCGUUUUAAGAGAGAUCUUUCAAACGAGAGAAAAGUUAGAUGCAAAGCCGUUGGUUUAGCUGGGUGCUCUUCAUUGUUUUCUGGGUUGUCACAUCAGAUGUGUGCGAACAACUUUUCUACCUCAGUCCUACUUCUCCCCGUAAUAAAGUUACGAUCCCGGUUUGCGACACUUUGAUCCUUGAAUGGGGUAACUAGAACGCAAAAGUUGCAAGAUCAACUAGAAUGAGGGAAGUAUCCUAAGACAGGAAUGAUCGCUCCUUUUAAGUCGCGUUUUAUUCUUGGAGUGUCUUUCCCUCCGAUCGGAGCAUAAGGCCACGCCUCGAACAGACCCUUUCAUAAAUUGAGAAUAUCAAAAUGUGAGAGAAUGAGAGGUGACCUUUAGUACUUGCAAGUUUUGGGUGGUUGUUUUUUUUCCCCUCCCCCAGAUAAACGUCACUUCUGCAAUACUGUCUCAGACUGUUACGCCCCUGGCCGGGUUUUAUUUUCUUCUGCACACUAACUUCGGAACGACAGCCGUUUAGUAAUAACUCCUGGAUCACUGAGUCCUUUGCCCUUUCAGGAUAGUGGAAGCAUCUUUUAUCUGGGCUGUCAGAUAAUCAGCUUAAUUUGUCUACUUAUUUUAAGUCGCCGUCCAUGUAAUUGUAGUCUGUAUUCCAGAUCUUUCUGAUUGCUUUGGAUGUGUGGUUAAAUGGAGUUGGUGAUGUUUUUCUAUAAACGGUAGCCGUUAUGUCAGCACAGACCAUUAGUGAUUUAGAUAUCCUGGAUCUCGUCCCUUCUCUUCUGCCCAACCAGUCCGACUUCAUGGAGAGAUCUUCUCUAACUGCCGAUUUGGACUUGAGGAACAGAAGAGGAUUUUUGUCUGUGGGGAAAAACCGACAUGGGGCCCUGGGGUAGCUCUAGUCUCGGGGUGCAGGCUUCCCCAGGGAGGGUGGGAUAGGAAUGUAUAUAAUGAUUUUAGCUGUACUGUACUAUGAGAUAUUGUUGGGGUUCCUCCCUGUUUGAAGUGAAGGAGAGAUACCACUUUGGUGUAAAUAUUUUCGUGGCCGCCAGUAGCCAUUGGAUAUGGUGUCGACAGAUGGGCUUGAAGAUGUUUCCUGGUGGCUUUAGUUUCUCGUGGAUUAGUGUGGGGUUAUUACUCUGAUACACCGGCUAGUAAACUGACGAAAUGGCACAGAACUCCAGAGUUGGAAAGAUGCGCGGAAAGAAAGACGGCCUUCUUCAUUUGGAGCUCUAGUUUGGGUUUCGUGAGUCUCUCGUGUGUAGACAGCGGGAUGAUCCCUGUGAGGUCUUGUGUAACUUUGGGAUAAAGGAUUGGGAGAGGGGAGUGGAGGAGAAAAAUUCCCGUUACAUUCCGGUUCGAGAGUUAAUCGCUGAGACUGCAGCUUCCCUUUACGCGUCGUGACUUGCCUUGCACUUUUAUUUGUGGUCGAUCUACAGUCCAACCUUUUUUUGAGUACUAAAAGUUCUAGAAAAGGAUGCACUUUAUUUACUUGUGGCCAGAGAUGUGCUCAGUUGGUUUGUUUGCUUUUGAGGGAUAAUCUUUGUUUCAGGUUUUGUUGUUUUUCACCAAAAUCCGUCAUUCAUAGUCUGCAAAAAGUUCCCUACUCUCCAAAGGGAAGCCUUCAAAACAAAUGAUUUUUGGAAGUAAUAAAAUUCUGUACUUUUUGGGGUUGUUU